AUGGUUCAACAGGAAGAGCCAAUAGAUCUUUCGAAAAUCUUCACUGACAUUUCACAAACAAUGAAUGGUGUACGAUCAUUUUUUUCAUCAAAAGAUCAACCAUACCAAACAACCAUAAACGACCAUUCAGCCUCAUCUCCUAUUUCAUCGCUAUUUUCCUCAAAUGGUUGCUUCAAAGCAUGUGGCAUGGAAGAUAUUCAAUUUGCGGCCAAGAAAGCCAGUGAAUUAUUUGUAACAUUACGGGUCUCAGCGAUAGUAUUAACAAUACUUACAAGUAUAUGUAUGGUACUAAUUGUUGCCGCACUUAUUUGGUAUUUGAUAUGCUCAGGUCGAUUAUUAUUUACAAAUCCGUUUCCAUGCUCGUCACCAACAUCGUUCAGUCAACAAGAGCUGAUCGCUAGAAGAGCUAAGGAUUCUAUAGGAACGAAUACAAUGACUUAA